AUGGCUAACACUGGGCCUGCCGCCCUGAACUACGGUCACUAUGGCCAAGCAACUUAUAGCAGUGAGCACGGCACAUGGAUAUUCGACAGGCAACCUGAACACCGAGGAAUUAUACGCCAACUGGGGUCCUGGAAAAAGUUGCAGCAGCCUUGCGGGGACCCUGGUUCCAGCCAUGACAACACUUCCGGAUGUACCUUCAACUCACGCAAUGUGCGACAGGCCGCGAGAGCCAUCGGUCGCGAAAACCCGGACUUGGUUCCUUCGAUAGAUAUCCUCCCUGAGCUUGCUCUGCUGUCGGCCGCCGUCACCUCCAGUCUCGAGACUUUCGAUCCUGCGGUAGGAGAUUCGCACUCCUUCGGGUCGGUUGUUACUGAAGGGCGCUUCAAACAUACAAAGAGGGUUAUUGCGGUCGUGGCUGGAGAAAACGGGAACCUACUCCGCCUUACAUCGCUUGAAAAGGAACGCCAAGGUUGGGAGCAGGAUCGAAGCAUCUGGCUCGAACUGCCCUCGAUAAGCGAAGGGGAGAGUGGAUACUGGUCUGGAGAUGCAACUCCUAUCCAGCAGGUGUGCUUCGCCCAUGGCGACGAUCGAUCCGCGUUCCUUGCUGUCCGCUUCAACUCCAAAACUGUGGUCUUCCGUCCGAUGAUUCGAGAGUCUCCAAAGCCUGCCAACCGCUCGCGAUUCUACGAGUUACCACCUUCACGCGUCGACUCGAAUCCGAUACUUACCAUAUCGUUACGGCAAACCGGAGGUGAACCUCAUGCAGACAUCAGUUUCAAUCCGGGCUACCAGCGUCAACUCGGCAUGGUGGAUCGCAAAGGAAGAUGGAGCGUUUGGGAUAUUGAAGGAGGUCACAGAUACGGGACUCCAUACACACUGAAAACGAUUACCAGGGGACUUCUCUCUAAUCGAGAGGAUGAUUCCGAAGAUGAAGAAGCCGGAGUUCGAGAAGAUGGCUGGGCUAGGAUCCUGUGGGUUGGUGAUGUUAACACCAUCAUUGUAUGCAACAGGCGACGAUUAGAGCUCUAUGGCGUCACAGGUGGUGAGACUGUUCGCCUGCAAUGCCCGCAACCGAUAGCGGUACGUUCGGACGACUGGAUUCUGGACGUCCGGAAUCACGCUACCAAUGCACACCAAUUUUUCCUCCUUACAUCCACACACCUUCUUCUCAUGGCAGUGACUUGUCAGGGCGAAGUUGUCGGGCGUAGCGAUCUUGUUCCAGGAGCCAACAUCGUCCUUUCCUGGACUCAUUUCCGGGGGCUGGAUGAUAUUACCCUCAGAUUAUCUGUGCCAGCGCUCUCUGAGGACGAGUCUACAGUGCUCUUGUUUUCGCAGCUGAACACCCUUAUUACAAUCUUCAGUUUCCGAGCACACGCGCUGGAUCCAGCUUGUACGAUAUCGAGCUCGGAUCCCCAGAGUCUCGUUCUUGCGGAUUUACCUAUAUCUUACAAACGCCGAGUCCAUAUCAUGGAUCUUCAUAUGGAGCUCAUUCCUUACCGCCAAGACGUGCGACAGCCUUCAACUGGACCGGGCAAUAUGUACCUGGAGCGCGGUGUGACAUUCUACCGUAUAUCAGUAACGCUUUCGGACUACAGUAUUCAUCAGGCUCUUUUCUAUGUUACUCCCACGAGUUCGAAUUCCGGUUACCAGAUUCCGUUGUUUGUUGAACCUCUUUCCUGGAAUUACAUUGUGCAGUCGAAUGCAGGUGAUUUUCAGUCGGCUACUUUGGUGAAGGAAGACGAUGAUUUUGUCACGUUGGACGGGCUGCAAAUUGAAGCUGUGACGGCUCGGGCGUCCAAGUAUCGAAAUGGUAGGCUGAGGCGUUUUGCUGGGCCACGCUUCCUAGAAAUGCCGGAGUCCGCCGAUGAAGGCGCACGUCUGAGUUUGGAUUCUAUAUAUGACAACGUCCUUCAUGGCGAAGCCCCAACAUCAAACGCACCGAUUUCUCCAACGGAGUCACAAGACAUAGAUACUCUUAUAGACCGAGUACGCAGAUUGCUCCUUGGUGAAGAGGUUGACGAGGGAGAGGCAGGAAUACUGUCGCGAGGCACUCUAUUCGAGUUACCAGAUAGCAACCUUGUUGUAUCGGACGUUGACAAUGCUUCCUCCCUCCUAGAAGCACUGGUCUCCCCUGUCGCUCCUCGACCACUACAGCAAAUCGCCCGGACGGAAACCCUUCAUCUAGGUACCCCUGAUUCGGUCAGUCCGACGCUUUCUCAGAUCUACGACGGUCUUCUUGAACACUGGAUCGCCUCUCUUCCUCCAACGGUGCCCAGCAGCAUGCGACGUAGCAAAGAAGAAAUUGCGCGUCGUGUUGCGGCAGAGAUAAUGCUUGCCAGUUUCAGGGGCAGCCAUUCGGGUUCUGUCGGAGCUGAGACGACGGCCCUCAUGGCCGAUGAGUACAACCAAAGUAGCUUGCCCGUCCCUUUGGGUACGGCUUCCUCCCAACUUACGGCCUCUCAACCGGACGUGGUUCCACACAGCAGGGACAUUGCUGAUCCCGUCUCAAGGCUCUCUCAUCGUUUGAAGUUCACGAAGGCUUCGCCGACAUCGUCAAGCAGUAUCAAGCAAGUCCUCAUGCAUUGGCAACCAGGAAAACACCCUGGGACAUACGACUGGACAGCCACAACACAAGCCGUUAAUGAAGAGUUUGACAUUGGCGAAGAUGGCGAAGAAGUUGAUGAUGAUGAGGGCCAGAAAACACGGGACAGGCGCAGGAGAAAGGCGGAGCGGCGUCUCAAGCGAGAAGAUGGACUAUCUGACGUCGGACACAGACAAGUUGAAAGCCAACCUGUGCUAGGGAGGGACGUGUUUGGUGUGAAUAGCUCGCCACCUCCAGCCAUGGGAUGGGGCAUGAGUAGUCAGACGCAGAAUGGAUCACAGAGCCAGUCUCAAAAUCAGGGGCUAUCCAUUAGUGGUGGAUUCGUUCAAAGUCAGGUUGAGCCUGGGCGACAUGGAGGAAGGCCGCUGUUGAAGAAGAAAAAGAAGGGCAAGAACAGGGUUAGUGGCUUUUAG